AUGGCCUCUGUACCUAAGCGCCAUACAUACAGUGGCAAUGUUGUUACCGACAGGAACCACCAUUCCGUUCAGAAGACCAAUGACAUUUUGCAUCCUAUACGUAAAAACCAACGAAAACAUGCCACAUUUGGACCAUAUAUAGUCGGCUCCACUUUGGGUGAGGGAGAGUUUGGUAAAGUCAAACUGGGUUGGACUAAAGCAUUUUCACCCAAUGAAGUUCCCAAGCAAGUUGCGAUAAAACUCAUUCGGAGGGAUUCUAUCAAGAAAGAUGCCGAUAAAGAAGUAAAAAUAUAUCGCGAAAUUAACGCACUGAAACAUCUAACUCAUCCAAACAUUAUUUAUUUAGAAGAGGUUUUACAAAAUUCAAAGUACAUCGGGAUAGUGCUAGAAUUUGUAUCUGGCGGCGAGUUUUAUAAGUAUAUUCAACGAAAGAGGAGAUUAAAGGAAUCAUCUGCAUGCAGGCUCUUUGCCCAAUUAAUCAGUGGUGUCGAUUAUAUGCAUUCCAAGGGACUCGUUCAUCGGGACCUAAAAUUAGAAAACUUGCUAUUAGAUAAGCAUGAAAACUUGGUCAUCACAGAUUUUGGUUUCGUGAAUGAAUUCUUCGAAGAUAAUGAGUUAAUGAGAACCUCCUGUGGUUCCCCAUGUUAUGCAGCACCGGAACUGGUUGUUAGCACUAAGGCAUAUGAGGCAAGAAAGGCAGACGUUUGGUCAUGCGGUGUUAUUCUUUAUGCGAUGCUUGCCGGAUAUUUACCAUGGGAUGAUGACCAUGAAAAUCCCACUGGCGAUGAUAUUGCUAGGCUAUAUCAGUACAUUACGCAGACACCUCUCAAGUUUCCCGAAUAUAUAACGCCUGUUCCAAGAGACCUGCUGAGGCGAAUUCUGGUACCGAAUCCAAGAAGAAGAGUAAGCGUACGGGCGAUACAAAGGCAUGAAUGGCUAAAACCGCAUCAUGCCUUUUUAAGUAUUCAACCGAACUAUUGGGAUGAACAAUUACGAAAGGAGCGUCCACAAUUGAGUACUAGGGGCGAUGUUGGCCGUCACACAACUUAUUCUUCACCAACAUCUCCGGACCCAAAAAGCAGAGAUAGAAACUCGUUGAUAAUUGAGUCGACCAUGGAGCAAUCUAGAGUAUCUCCACAACCCCUGGCUAGUAGAUCUGCUUCGUCAACCGACGAUUCAUCUUUGAUAUUGAAUAAUGCGAAAAUGAAUGAGAAAGAGCUUAGAGUUGUUGGAGAACAUCCAAGUGAUUCAACCAAGUACGUACGAGACAUCAAGAAUAGCCCCUCUCCUAUAGAACAAACGACUGCAAGACACUCAUCCAAAGGCAAGAAACAUACAUCGGUUGCUGGACUUGUCACAAUUCCAGGUUCACCUACGACUGUGAGGACAAGAGAUAUACUAUCGGAACCUAUUGGCCAAGUAAGCGAUCCCGGUCAGAAGGCUUUCACUCAGGAAGAGUUCCACCGUAUUGGUAACUACCACGUGCCUCGUAGUAGACCCAGACCCACCUCGUAUUAUCCAGGGCUCAGCAGAAACAAUGCAGAUAAUAGUUUGAUGGACAUUCCGGUAAAUAAACUAGGAGCAACCGGAAGGUCAUCAGAUAGCAAAAACUUGGACCGUUUGUAUAACCCUGAGGGUAAGUCUUUGAAUGCAGUACAUGACUCUACCAAAGCUACGAUCUCUAACAACGCAAUUAUGUUAUUAUCGGAAGGUCCGGCGGCAAAAACUUCGCCAGUAGAUUAUCAUCAUGCCAUUGGUGACCUGAACGCUGGCGAUCAGCCGACAACUGAAGCCAUCGUAAAAAUGAAUGAAGAUCUUGCUUAUAAAGCAGCAGAAAGUGGGUCACCUCGGGAGAAAAUCGACCCAGAGAAUGAUUCAAUGAUUUCUACUAAGAAAGAGCCUAAUGCCUCUACUGAUGACGAAGGUAUGGAAACUCAGCCGGAAAACGUUAGCCGCUCUUCUAAAAAAUCAGACGCUUCCUUGAACAAAGAAAAUAAAAAAAACUACGACAGAAAGAGGUUUAGCUUCAUGUCGUUAUACUCAUCCCUAAACGGUUCGAGAUCCACCGUCGAAUCUCGUAACUCGAAGGGGAAUUCGGUUGCUGUUUCAUCUAGAAAUCCAUCAGGGCAAUCAAAUAAGACUGGUUCUAAAAUAGCGCAGCAGCAAUCAGGUACUAUUUCCGAUAACAGUGUGUUAAAAGUUCCAAAUCCUGAUACUAACGCUAAUGAUGGUGGAAAGAGAAACGAAACUAAUGACAAUGCUGAAGAUCGCAAUCCAGGUAGAUCUGUACGAGCUUCCGUUAUGAUUUCAACACUACGAGAAGAUGGAAAUACAUGGUCUGGCGAAGGGCAUAAUGUUGACGCACAGACUUCAACAGCAAGGAAGGUUUUGAAUUUUUUCAAAAGAAGGAGCAUGAGGGUUUAA